ACCAGAACAGAUAACAGAGAGAUAAAAGAAACAAUGGAGAGCAUAGUUCACAGAACGGUGGAAGUAAAUGGCAUAAAAAUGCAUGUUGCAGAGAAGGGAGAAGGUCCAGUGGUGUUGUUCUUGCAUGGCUUCCCCGAACUCUGGUACUCAUGGCGCCACCAGAUUCUGCAUCUCAGUUCCCUCGGUUACCGUGCUGUUGCCCCUGACCUCCGAGGCUACGGUGACUCCGACGCCCCUGCGCCAAUCACCGCCUACACGUGUUUCCACCUUCUGGGUGACAUCGUUGCGCUCAUCGACUCUCUGGGUGUGGACAAAGUGUUCCUUGUGGGCCAUGAUUGGGGUGCUAUCCUCGGUUGGUACCUCUGCCUCUUCCGACCAGACAGAGUCAAGGCCUAUGUCUGUCUCAGUGUCCCCUUCCGACCCUUCCUCGGACGAAACCCCCAACAGAAAACCGUCGAUAUGUUUCGUGCCUUGUACGGAGAAGACUACUACAUAUGCAGAUUUCAGGAACCAGGGAAGAUGGAAGCUGAGCUGGGUCGCGUUGACACUGGAUAUCUGAUGAAGAACAUACUCACAACGCGCCAUUCCGGUCCACCCAUUUUCCCGAAAGGGGAAUAUGGAACUGGAUUUAAUCCCCAUACUCCUGAUAUCCUGCCCUCUUGGCUCACUCAACAAGAUCUUGAUUAUUUCGUUACCAAAUUCAAGAAGUCUGGCUUCACUGGAGGCUUGAACUAUUACAGAAAUCUCAACCUAAAUUGGGAGCUGACAGCAGCGUGGACUGGAGUAGGAAUCGAGAAUGUACCGGUUAAGUUCAUUAUAGGUAGCGUUGACUUGGUGUACAAUUCCCAGGGGAUGAAGGAGUACAUUCACAAUGGUGGUUUCAAGAAAGAUGUGCCAUCUCUGGAAGAAGUGGUGGUGCAGGAAGGUGUUGGCCACUUCAACAACCAAGAAGCAGCACACGAUGUGGCCAAUCACAUUCAUCACUUCAUCAACAAGUUCUGGAAAAGAGAGAGAAGAGAGAUGGAGAGCAUAAAGCACAGUAUGGUAGAAGUAAACGGCAUCAAGAUGCAUGUUGCGGAGAAAGGAGAAGGCCCAGUGGUGUUGUUCUUGCAUGGCUUCCCUGAACUAUGGUACUCCUGGCGCCACCAGAUUCUGGCUCUUAGUUCCCGCGGUUAUCGUGCUGUGGCGCCUGAUCUCCGAGGCUACGGUGACACGGAGGCCCCUGUUCCAGAGAGCAGCUACACGUGUUUUCACCUUGUGGGAGACAUCGUUGCGCUCAUAGAUUCUCUGGGUGUGGAAAAAGUGUUCUUGGUGGGACACGAUUGGGGUGCCAUCAUCGGUUGGUAUCUCUGCAUGUUCCGGCCAGACAGAAUCAACGCCUAUGUUUCCCUCAGUGUCCCCUUCCGACCCUUCCUCGGGAGAAAUCCUCAACAUAAGACCGUAGACUGUUUUCGUGCCUUGUAUGGAGAUGACUACUACAUAUGCAGAUUUCAGGAAACAGGCAAGACAGAAGCUGCCAUGGCCUGCGUUGACACUGCGUAUCUGUUGAACAACAUAUUUACGUCCCGUAAAACUGACAUGUCAGGUCCACCAGUUUUUCCAAAAGCGGGUCAUGGAACUGGGUUUAAUCCCCAUUCUUCACCCACCUUGCCCUCUUGGCUCUCUCAACAAGAUCUUCAUUAUUACGUUACUAAAUUUCAGAAGACUGGCUUCACGGGAGGCUUGAGCUACUACAGAAAUCUCAACUUAAACUGGGAGCUAACAGCAUCGUGGACUGGAAUGGGAAUCGAGAAUGUACCGGUAAAGUUCAUUACAGGUGGUGAUGAUUUGAUGUACACUUCACCGGGGACGAAGGAGUACGUUCACAACGGUGGUUUCAAGAAAGAUGUGCCGACUUUGGAGGAAGUGGUGGUGCUGGAAGGUGUUGCACACUUCAGCAACCAAGAAGCAGCAAAGAAUGUGAGCAAUCACAUCUAUCAUUUUCUUAAGAAGUUCGGACCCUGAAUUAUGGGCAUAUCAAUAACUCUUAGAAAGUGGACUGCUCACUCCAACAUUUUAUUACAAACUAUGUCACAAACUCUAUUUUAUGGCAACUUUUGCUAGCUCCGUUCCUUAAAUGCACUAUAUAUGCUUGUUUGCCAAUGUAAAAAUAUGAUAUCAACUUUUAUUUCAUGAGAUCAUGUUGUGUUUGUUCAAUUUCUUGCAAGAACACAAGGGUAAGGAGAUUGUUAUGAGCAAUUAGUGGGCAAAACUCAAUAUAUACUAAACUAGUAUAGCCUACACUGAACUGAUUCACAUAUUAUAAAUAAAGAUUGAAUUGAUCCAUGUAA